AUGGAAUUAUUUCAAUCAUCAACACUAAAAACACUGUUUGAUCCACCAACAGGCGAUUUAAUAGCAGGACUUGAAACUAUUCAAUUUAAAACAUUAUGUCCUGGUGAAUAUAAUAGUUUAUUUAUUCAAUUGCGUCGUCGUUCAAAUUUAUUAACAACAACACAUAUAGCUCAUGCAUGUCAAUUUAUUGCACUUGCUAAUCGUAUUAAACGUGAAGGUGACAAAUUAAAAGGAACACCUGAUAAAAAACGAAGUCAUCGUCUUAUGGCUGAAGUACGUCGAGAACCAGGUCUUAAAAUUGGAAUUAUUGGUGUUGGACGUAUUGGACAUUUACUUGCUACAUUUCUAUUGAAAUACGGUGAUGUCUAUCCAGACGAAUUAUAUCUUUCAAGUCGACAAGCUGAUUUAUUAACUGAUAUGACUCAACUUGGAGUAGGCUUCUGUAAAUUUAAUAAUGCUUAUAUUGUCCAGCACUGUGAUAUUGUUUUUCUAUGCGUUGCACCACAUCAUAUUCGUUAUAUCGUUGAUGAUAUUCGUGAUCGAAUCAAAUCUAAAGUUCUCAUUUAUAGUCUUGUACUUGGUUUUCCGUCGCUUAAACUUUCGUCUUUAUUAAAACAUAUAUUAAUUAUUAAACCAUCAUAUCAAGUGAAUGAAGCUAUCGAUAAAGAUGAAUCUCUAUGGCCACCUGAUGAUGAUAUUGAAAGUGUUAUUAGAAAUGAUUUACUUUUGAAAAGAAUCAGUUUAGAAAAUGAAGAUCAAAAUGAUAGUCUCGUACGCGAUGAUGAACUCGUACCAACAAUAUCCUAUGCUCUACUAAAUAUUUUAAAACAAAAUGCAUCAUUAAAUCGAAUUCAAUCAUUACGCGUUCUUUCAGCAUUAUUAUUCAAUAAUUCAAAUAUUGAUUUAAUUAUUGAAAAAUUUGACGGUAUUGAAACAAAUCAUGAAUACUUUCCUGAUUUUGAUCUUGUCCAUUUGGCAAAUAAAAAGACUGUUAUUCGAGAUUUACUAGAUGAUAACACAAAUCUACGUCGUUUAUUUUUUGAGACAUUUAUAUCACAUUUUACUCAAUUUAAAUAG